CAUCGGACAUCCCUUCUUCCCUUCUCGAUCAUUCAUCCCCUCAAAAUCCAAACACGGCAAUCAUCGUUUCCUAGUCGACGAAGAUUGGAUACGCCGGCAGAGUCUCAAGCUCAGGCAGAUGACUUUCUCCGUGCUUGAUUUCCGGUGAGGUCGCCGACUGAAGCAAUCCGCCGCUUGCAAGCCAGUCGAAGGUUUGGUCCCGGUCUCCUCUCCGAUUUUUAUCAUCCGCCGCCGUCAGCAGCAGCAGCAACCUGCCGCCUGCAAGCUCCCUCGGUCCUUGGCCUGGUCUCGAUCUCUCUCUCACUGAUUUCAUCACCUGCCGCCGCCUACAUCAACCCACCGUCUGCUGCAAGUUCCCUCGCGGCAGAGGUACCAUCUGGGACAAGUCGAAGGGAAGAAGGGCAAAACUGUAUUUUGCAGUUUUUCAUCGAAAACCCAGACUUAUAAACCGUGGGAUUGUGAGGCAAAAUCCUAGACUUUAGAAAACCCACAUCCGACCAUAAAUUCCACUCCUCGGUUCUCUUCUUCAGUUCUUCUCUGUGUGCUUAAAUUAAUUGCUUCCUCUGAGAAUCGACCUCGCGAUCUUUGUCUCCCUCCCUCUGCGAUUCAUCAAUUCUCCCUCUCUAUUCCCUCCAUAACCAUAAAUAUACAGAACUUCAAAUUCCCUCUUCCCGACGCUAACGAAAUCCUCCACCAACUGAAAAACUCAACAACCCUCCCUUCUCUGCUCCACUCUCUGAAGUCCCUACUCCCCACCCGCCUUAUCCUCUCUUCUCCUCAUUUUUUUCGGAUCAGCAGUGGAAGUAGAGAAACCCAAUGGUGGCUUCCAGAUUUCAAGCGGCUUCCUUGGUCGGUGCCCCUUCCUGCCCCAACGCCAUUGCUUGGUCUGACGAGAACUUGAUCGCAGUCGCUUCCGGCCACAUUGUCACCAUUCUGAAUCCAGCUUCGCCAAUUGAACCUCGCGGCACUAUCGCGGUUCCUACUGGAAAACAUUACCCAAUUGGCAGAGUUGAAAAAGAAGAUUUGCUCUCCGGUGACCUGCUGCCCACUGCUUUAUCGAGGGAUCGAAAACCCUGUGCUAGGUCAAUUGCUUGGUCUUCUCUUGGAAUGUCUCCUAAUUAUGGCUGUUUGCUUGCAGUUUGUACAUUUGAAGGCUGUGUGAAGGUCUAUCGUCCACCCUUUUGUGAUUACAGCACCAACUGGAUAGAGGCUGCUGAUAUAUCAGACAUGCUGUAUGAUCAUCUUGCAAAGAUUAACUUUGUGGAGAUAGACAUCUCUACUUCAGAAAUUCCUUCUAAUGGAGGGUCAAAGGGAAAAUCUGCUGAGGAUGAUAUGCCCAAUUCGUCAACUGGCAAGAUACUCAAGCCUGUUGUAUUGAAGCAAUACAAGCGGAGACGAGUUACCGUUGCUGCUCAGAUAAGCAGUCAUGCUGAUAGUUUUGAGCAACAAUUAUCAGAACCUAGACAUGCUGAGAUUACUAGCACUAAACCCACCCUUCUCAGAAUAUUGGAUAGCAAGAAAUCGCCCAAGACGAAGCUCGCCAAGCUGGGAAAGAAUAAAAUGGGAAGCUGUACAUUUCCACUUUUAAUUUCAAAGGAGUAUGCUGCUCGUAGUGCACUGCUUUCCUCACUUGUGGUUACAUGGUCUCCAUUAUUGUGUUCACCAUCAAACAAAGGUUUCCCAUCUUCAGAUGAUCCAUUCCAGAAAUAUUCUAUUCUAGCUGUUGGAGGGAAGUCGGGUAAAAUUUCAUUCUGGAGAAUUAGUGCACCUCAAUGCUAUUCAAUUGAGCAAUGUAAAGCCCCUACUGGUGUACUGUUUCUUGGGCUUCUUCAGGCGCAUACUUCAUGGGUAACUGCAGUGAGUUUGGAAUUACUUGUUUCAAACUGUGAGCCCCGGGUUGUAAUGGUUACUGGCAGUACAGACGGAAGUGUGAAGUUGUGGCUGGGGAAUGUGGAAGAACUGAGUAAGUUAUCAGAAGCUAGUAAAGCAGCUCCCUUUGUCCUAGUAAAGGAGGUUAUUCGUGUAAAUAUUGUCCCAAUUUCGGUUCUUUCGGUGCUGCUACCUGCUCAACCUGUGGAUAAAAUGCGUAUAGCAGUUGGCAAAGGAUCAGGGUCUUUCGAAAUUUGGACAUGUGACACAUCAAACUUCAAACUUGACAAAGCUGGAUGUCAUGAUGCUCAUGACUAUGCUGUUACAGGUUUGUGUUGGUCUUCAGAUGGACUUUCUUUGUACAGCUGUGGCCAGGACAACUAUUUACGUAGCUGGAUCUCAAGUGGGGGAUGCCUCUCCGAAGUGUCCAUCCCCUUGAACAUUCCUGGUCAAACCGGUUCACAUGAAGUUCCUGAUGCUUUGCGUUCAUGCCUGGGCGUUGUAGCAUCACCUGGAAAUCUCAUGGUUGCAAUGGUCCGUGAUCUUGAUGUUGAGCUAUUGGGCCAAAUGUACGAGGCAAGGGCUCAGAAGGCUGUAGUUGAAUUUUUGUGGAUCGGUGGACAACCAGUGGAGAGCACCACCACCAACACUUCACUAGACUCUUACAAAGAAUCAUUUCCCGGAUUCACCCCAAACGAAUUGGCCUGCUGGGAAUCCAACAUCCUAUGGUCAUUGAAGCAGUACGAAGAUCCAAAUAAGUCUUUAGUAGUAUGGGAUAUCAUAACAGCUCUUUUGGUUUUCAAAGAUUCGAUUCCCAAUUAUGUCGACUAUUUACUGGGUAGAUGGCUAUCCACAGCAUUCUUGGGUGGUCAGAACACAGAUUAUCGUCCCCUUGGCGAGGUGCUGACGCUUUCCUCAAAGUGCUUCUCAGAAGUCCCAUCUCGCCUCUUGCACCUUUUAAAUAUCAUGACCAGACGAAUAAUUCUGUCUGAGAUGAAGGCCGGGGAACUCAACUCCAGUGUCACCACUGACACUACCAGUGUCAGAAAUGAGACACUUGAGCUUGGUUUGCGAACACUGCUAGGAAGUGAAAGAGAACUCCGAGAGAGGCUUGUGGGACUUAGCUUUGCUGCUGUUUCCGGUGGGUCUCACUCGGCAGCUAAAACUUCCUUACAGCCUGAAACUUGGUCUCCAUUGGGAGUCAUGCAGAUGGAGCAAUGGGUUGUAUUUAACCAUGCUCACGUGAGGAAUCAACUCAAGGUCCUUGCAUCAGAAGCUCAGAAGCAUACAAGGAUGGGCGGUGACAGUAAUGCUGCAACAGAGCAGUGCAUCUUUUGUACAGCCUCAGUUCCUUUUGAGUCUCCGGAGCAUGCAACUUGCCAAGGUGCAGAGAGCAUCAAGGGAGACAUGGAGAAACAUGAAGUGCCUAGAUGUGCAGUGUCAAUGCAGGUUUCCUACGGAUUUCAGUUCCUGGAAAGAAGCUUCUGCUGUUGAGAAGUCCCCAAGACCCUUCUGCCCAUUUUGUGGGAUUUUGUUACAGAGAAUGCUGCCAGAUUUUUUGUUGUCGGCGCAGCCAGUGUGAAGGGGCAACGGUUGUUUGUUGUGCUGUACAAUACUGUCUAGAACUAUAAGUAUAAAAGUAGAUUUCUGUUUCUAAUGAGAUGGAAAAGUGGCUUUUGCUACCGGUUCACUGUUAUCAUGCAUGAUGUAAAGUAGCCAUCCAUUGUAAUCAUGCAUGAUGUACGUGCUGUACAUAUGAGUAACCUGGAUAUUGUCUUG